GAAAUUUGCAGAUUGAGCAUUUCUGAUAACUUGUCGUCACAACGCGGACGCACUGUUCAGCAGUAAUCAUGGCCCCGAGAGGACAUUUUACUACAGGAAGUCUUUCAGCGUUCCUUUUCCUUGGAAUAAUCAGAGGAACUUUCCCGGUGGUUAUGUAUUGCGCGGUACAUUCUUACAACUCACCGAGUCUCGUCUUUCUUCUUCGAACGCCAGGGACUGUAGCGCUUUACAUUGUUUACAUGACCUUCCUUUCAUCAACAAACAGUGAACAUAAAGAAAAUUUCCGAAAUAACUUCAAAUCAGUAAGGAAUCUCUGGAAAUUUGCUGUGAUGGGAUUUGUUCAGUUAGCUGCUCCCUACAUCCUGUUUAUGUACGGCUUGAAAGUGUUAAAUCCUAUUACAGCCGGAGUGUUUAUGACAGCAGCUCCGUGGUUUUCAAUUCUUUUAGAGAGACUGCCUUGUGGCAGGUCCACAUAUCAAGUUUCUGCAAGCAAACUUGGUGCAAUUGUCAUUGGAUCUAUUGGAAUCAUUUUGGUCUCAGCCUCAGGCAUUGGUUUAGCUGUAAAGAAUCCCAAAUCUUGUCUACCAAAUGGCACUACAGUACCAAUGAACAUCAGUGACAAUACAACUGUGUCACCCUCAGUAAAUGAAGAGAACAUGUCUAAAUGUACCCCAUUUUCAGCUGUAGAGUUAGCUGGAUCUUUACUGGCUCUUUUGGGUGGAUCAGUAAUGUGGUCAAUGAGCUCAAUAUUUUGGCGCUCCAAGAGAGGAAAUAUUCACUAUGUCAGUGGUGGUAUUGGUAACAAUAUUUUUGGUGGGAUCUUUGCUCUGGGACUUUUCUUUAUCAUGCAAAAACAUGAGGAUUAUGAUCAGAUAAACUGGGGGGAUGGCAAGGCAGUUUUCUCAAUAAUUUUCCUUACUUUGAUAUCUGGAUGGCUGGCUGCACUGCUAGUGGAUUACAUGAUGAAUGAAGUUGGGGCUGUGGUGACUAACCGCGUCUUAUGCAUGGUCCCAAUAGUAGUCUGGUUCGAGGACUGGAUAUUUGUCAGAGAAUUUAAGAUGCUAGAUGUUGGGUACAUUAUUUCCGAGGUUGUAGGUAUAGUACUUGUGUUGGUUGGUCUAACUAUUUCCAGUCUGGAGCCUGAGAAUUUGCCAAGUGUGCUUGGUAGACCGCUAUUAAGCGACAAGGAACAGUCAUGGGAUAGUACACAGUUCUACGAGAACGUUCGUAUAGUUGACGAUGGCACGACUUCCGAUGAAGAGGUGAGGACCCCCAAUUACCUUCAGCAGUCAAAGUCUUUCCCACCUUUGGUGAAAAUAACGGAUCAGGAUCAUUGACACUCAGUGAGGGAUGCAUUAUCAGCCUCUAAAUGCUCAUUGCUAUGUAAUUAAGAGCGCAAGAUACUAGUAUAAAGGAAGUACAGUUUCUAAGGCAUUGUUGGUGGAGAAAGAGAUCGCAGGUUUUCAGUCUGAAACAACACCACAGAAUGAGUGUAAGCAAUGAAAAAUACAACCAUGUGCUUCAUUUGAAGUCCAGGAAACAUUUGUUUUAAACAACAACGUUUUUGUACAACUUUUGAAAACGAAAGAGAUUGAAUUAUGCUACGUCAAAGUACGGGUUCAUUAUCAGGGACUUCUUCAGAGCGAUAUAAAUUAGUUCGGUAUUAAACAGAUAUUUUAUUUGUGGAAAUUAAUUAUAAGGCUUUUUGUAAUAGCCUUGUACAGCUGUAAAUAUUCUCAGACUGUUUAGAACAUAUUCCUGUCUGAGAAAGCCUUUUUCUGAAGAGUGGAAUUUUUGUAAUCAAAGCAACUGUCUUCAUACAUCACAUAGCUAUGCUUUUAAAGAUUUCUAUUGAAAAUU